AUGGACAAUAAUAAUAUAUUAUUACCAAACAAAUAAGCUUGCUUAGAAUAAUUAACUAAAUUAGGUAUAAACUAUAUUGUACAUCAUCAUGAUCCUGUUCCAACUAUUAAUGAUGUUGUCAAAAUUUAAAUGACAGAUGGUACAGCUUAUGUUAAGAAUCUAUUAUAUGUUGAUAAGAAAGUAUAUAACAAACAUUAAUUAUAUAAUAGUCAAAUUAUUAUUUAAUUUUGGCAAAUCAUACAACUCAAGUUGGUAAAUUAUUUUGGAAAACACUUGGAUUAUCAUCAGGAAACAUGAGAUUAAGUAAAGAAGAACAAAUUUCAGAAGCUUUAAAAUCAAGUAAAGGUAAUGUAAAUCCUUUUGCUGUUGCAAAUGAUUCAAAUAAUCUAGUAUUAUACUAUAAAAAUUUAUUAUAGGUCAAAAAUAUUAUUAUUGAUGAAGAAUUAACUAAAUUUAAAAGACUAGCAUUGCAUCCAAUAGAAAAUACAACUACUGUAGAAAUAUCACUUGAUGAUUUACAAAAUAAAUUCUUAAAAUCAUUAAAUAAGAAAUAUUAAGUCAUCUAAUUGACAGAUGAAGUAUUAGAAUAAUAAUUGGAAUAAUAAAAAGAUUAAUAGAAUCUAUAAACUUUAGCAAUUACAGUAAAAAAAUCAGAUUUCUCUGAAUGGUAUCAAUAAGUCAUCAGAAAAGCAGAAUUAAUAGAAUAUUAUGAUGUUAGUGGUUGCUAUAUUUUAAGACCAUGGGCAUAUUUUAUAUGGGAAUAAAUAUAAAGAUAUUUUGAUGAUCUCAUUAGAAUAGAAGAUGUUGAAAAUACUUAUUUCCCAAUGUUUCUUUAAGCAAAAAAUUUAAUAAAAGAAAAGAAUUUUGUAGAUGGUUUCAAGGCAGAAGUAGCUUGGGUAACUAAGUACGGUGAGAGUGAUUUAAAUGAACCUUUGGCUUUAAGACCAACAUCUGAAACUAUUAUGUAUCCAGCAUUUGCAAAAUGGGUUCAAAGUCAUAGAGAUUUACCAUUGAAAGUCAAUUAAUGGACAAACGUUGUGAGAUGGGAAUUCAAAUACCCAACUCCAUUUAUUCGAACUAGAGAAUUCUUAUGGUAAGAAGGACAUACAGCUCAUUCUACUAAAGAGGAAGCAGUUAAAUAAGUUUAUACUAUUUUGGACUUCUAUGAAUAAGUAUAUGGUGAAUUAUUAGCAGUUCCAGUAAUUAAAGGAGUAUUAAAUUUAAUAAUAUUAAUAGAUUAAAACAGAAUCAGAGAAAUUUGCAGGAGGUGAUUUUACUACUACUGUAGAAACUAUAAUUCCAUAAAAUGGUAGAGGAUUAUAAGGAGCUACAUCCCAUCAUUUAGGAUAAAACUUUAGCAAAAUGUUUGAGAUUAAUUUUGAAGAUGACAAGAAAUAAAAAACAUUUGCUUGGUAAACAAGUUGGGGUAUAACAACAAGAUCUAUUGGUGCUAUGAUUAUGUUUCAUGGUGAUGAUAAAGGAUUAGUAUUACCACCAAGGAUUGCUAAAUAUUAAAUUGUUAUCAUUCCAAUCAUUCAUAAAGAUCUUGAUGAGAAAUAAUUAAAUGAAAGAUGUGAAUAAAUAAAAUAGAUGUAUUAUUAAUUUAAUAAAUUAUUAGGUUAAUUAAAUAGAAAUUAAGAGUUCAUAUAGAUAAUAGAGAUAAUUAUUCUCCAGGAUGGAAAUUUAAUAAAUGGGAAUAGAAAGGAGUUCCAAUAAGAUUGGAGAUUGGACCAGGAGAAUUUAAAAAUAAUGAAGUUAGAGUUGUUUAAAGAUUUGACAAUAAGAAAUAUUAAAUUAAAAUAGAAGAAUUAAAUUAAUUAAAUUAGAUUCUAGAUAAUAUUCAUAAUGCAAUGUUUGAAAAAGCUAAAAUAGAAUUAAAUUAAAGAAUUAAACAAGCUGAUAAUUGGAAAGAAUUUAUGACACAAUUAAAUUUAAGAAAUACUAUAUUAACUAAAUGGUAUUUAAUAAUAAUAUAAAUAUAUAUAGGUGUGAGAGCUAAGGAUGUGAAUAAUAAGUUAAAGAUAAAUCAGGAAGGGAAUCCAAAGAGAAGGAUUCAUAAAUUGAUGGAUAAGUUCAACUUACUGGUAGUGCCAAAACCUUAUGUAUGCCAUUGAAACAAGAUGAGAUUAAAGAUGGAGAGAAAUGUUUUCAUUGUGAUUAAUAAGCCAAGAGAUAUGUUUUAUGGGGAAGAUCUUAUUGA